UUAGUAAUACAGAUCUCAUCCGAGAGGAAGUUCCCCGUUACCCAAAAUGCCAUGCUUUAACUUCCUCUCGUUCUUUUACUUCCGCUAAACCUAAGGAACGAAAAUGGUGCGGAUGAACGUUCUCGCCGAUGCCUUAAAGGCAAUAGCUAGUGCUGAAAGGCGUAACAAAAGACAGGUGUUGAUCCGGCCAUGCUCCAAGGUCAUCGUCAAGUUCUUGACUGUGAUGAUGAAACAUGGCUAUAUUGGAGAAUUUGAAAUAAUCGACGACCACAGAAAUGGAAAAAUUGUUGUAAACCUUACAGGAAGGUUGAACAAAUGUGGUGUCAUCAGUCCCAGAUUUGAUGUAGCCCUUCGUGACAUGGAGAAAUGGACAACAAAUCUUCUACCCUCUAGACAGUUCGGAUUUAUAGUGUUGACAACGUCAGGUGGUAUCAUGGACCACGAGGAAGCAAGGAGGAAGCACUUAGGAGGGAAGAUGUUGGGAUUCUUCUUCUGAUGUGGUUAAUAUAGGGAAAAUAGGACUGAUCCAUCUGUGCUUUAUUUGUUCCUUACUAAAUUAAAGUUUACAGAAGGGAAA